AUGAAUAUCAUCACCCUUGUCAUUAUCGGUCGAUUGGUUGAUAAAUCGAUCGAGGAGGGAGGAUUUAGCUCUUGCAGUAUUUUCACUUUCCAGUUGGCUAGUCGUGAAUCAUUUCUGAUGGUAUCGUCAUCAUUUACUUCCGAGGCGAACUUUGUGGCGGAAGUACUAAGUCAUGGACAAUCCGGGCAUCAUAAUCUAGGCCCACGCCAUGCUGAUAAUAUGAUCAGGAAGGACUUGUACGAGACAUUUAGUGUCACCGACUCCUUGCAACCUGCUGCCAAUUGUGCAGCCCGAAGUGAUCUUGUCAGCACUGAGUUGCACCCACCUACUGAGUGUAGGGCACCGCAGGUCUGGAACCAUCUGCUGCAAAUGUUGCCCGUUGGGUACUUCAGUACGUUCAAGGGGCACAGGAUCACCUCGAUCCUCAGGUCAGGUUUUGGGAGGGAGGCGGAGAAGGAAAGAAACUCACCGAAAAAGAAUAGGGUCAACACCAUGCCUUCAGAUAUUGGUCUUCGACCAAAAAGGCUUGAAACGGACGGAGUCACCGAGGCAAGCCGACUAGCCAUGAAGCUGCGGAUCACCAAUCUACGCCAUCUGAUCCUCGUACUAACCUUUGGUGCUGUUCUGAUUUGGCCCCCUGCCCCGAUUGAAGCGAGGGUGCUGGUCGGCGCAAAGCCUAGGACUGAUGCCGGACCUCACGAUUGCCUGUUGUCCUUCCGUGAUCGCAUCAGCCAGACACAGGCUUGCUGGAGGCUGAUCCGGCUCUCAUUAGAGGGCUGGCAAGUGGACUUGGACACGGUGCCGCUGAUCCAAGGUCUGGUUGCCCAAGUGGCCUCGGGCGUGAUGCGUCCAGAAAAGGCCAGACGCGAGUCGCUGGCUCAGUACACUGUCAGUAGAGAUGACAACGCCACAUGCACCUUUUUCAAGUCAGUCAUGUCUUGCUUCAAUGUCUUUCGGUUGCCAUAUUUAAUAAAACUAUAUUCUUAA